AUACCUUCUGGCCUUACCAGCCUGGAGUCUACCCUGCGCAUCACCGAGGAUUUCCAACACAAACACUCCACUCCAUCACCCUGUUUCAGCUGCAGCGUCUUAUGGAUAACUAAGCAUCAGUCCAACCUCAGUUCAUCAGUGGCAUUCCGGCAGUUAGAUGAUGGAUCAGAUCCGCAGAAAGGGAACCUUUUGCUUUCGUGUCUCACACGCAACAGGCACGCGCUUCACCAGUAUGAUCGGAUACAGAGCCAGGAAUUAUAGUAAGCGGAGGCUGUGAGCUGGCCUCUUCUAUUGAUCCAGAUUUCUCUUACAUAUAUACGGGGGAGUGGACCAGCGAUAGUCGCUCGCUCUUCUUCUCCGUGUAGGAUCUCAUCAUGUCAGACGCUCCAAUCGUCGAAUUGACUGGACCGAUGCUUCUGGGAUACUUUGUCAAUUGGGGGCUCUGUGGUGCAUUAUCUGUGCAAGUGUAUAUCUACUACGUCGCCUUCCCCAAGGACAGACGGUGGACAAAAUGUUUUGUCCUUUUCAUAUAUUCUAUCGAGCUACUUCAAACGUUUCUUGCUACCCGUGAUGCAUUCCGCAUUUUUGCUUCCCACUGGGGGGAUAAAUCCGACCUUGAUAACUUGGGUCUGAUUUGGCUGAGCGUUCCCGUCAUAACCUCGAUCAUCAGCUGUACCGCACAUUCAUUCUUUUCUUGGCGCGUGUAUGCGAUGAGCGGUAAAAUCUGGAUCACCGGGGCCAUCUUGAUGUUGGCUUUGGUCCAAGGUGUCUCAGGCAUGUGGACAGCAGCACUUGCUCGUAAGUACGGGCUGUUCUCAGAUGUACAGAAGCGUAUUUCCGAGGUAAUUGUUGUCACGUUAGGCGGAAGUGCUCUCUGCGACAUAUUCAUUGCAGGAAGCAUGAUCUACUACUUGAAAAACACUACAUCAGGGUACAACCCGUACAGCGCUCCUCUUUACAAGUUCGUGCGGAUGGUGGUCCAGUCCGGUGCCCUUUGCGCAACGGUUUCUAUCUUAGACAUCGUGCUAUUUUGCGUUUAUAACGACAACAACUUCCAUGUGGCUCUAGAUCUAAUCCUUUCGAAGCUAUAUUCUAAUUGUCUUUUGGUCAUAUUGAACUCUCGUACGCGCUUUAACGUCGGACACGGCGAAGUCGAAUACUCAUCAAACAAUCUUGUGCUGUCUUCAUGGCACGUCAACACUUCAAUCGCUUCAAGUUCCCGCCCGAUGAGUCGAGGCCGAUGUAAUUCAUCAAGGAUCCCCAACAGGAUAAGAGACGGCUCGGAAACGAUUGCAACCCCUUCAAAGGAUAGCUUAACUGGAGCUGUGGUGAUUAAGAUGCCCGAAUCGUCAUACGGAUCGAGAUUUUCGUAAAAGCUUGUGGCCAUAAUUAAUGUAUAAUUGUGCUGAACGCGAAAUGUAACAAAUACUCGGAUAGAAUUUUUUUGGUUAGAUGCAC